UUCUUACUCUUUGGAUUUGACCCACAAUUUGUUGCGUUAAUCAAGUUAUGCUUUAGUCUAGAGAUUACUGACAGUAAUUUACUGUUAUCAUUUUCUUUUCAAUGAUAUCUAAUUAGUUGUAGGAAAAUCUUAACCAUAAUUAGAAAUGUGGUUCAUGGCCAUUCUCAGUUGGCUCGCCAUAAUUGUCCAAGUCUCUUUCAUCAUCAUGUCUUUAGCCGCUGGUCUUUACUAUUUAACUGAACUGGUUGAGGAAUAUACUGUGAUAGCCUCAAAGGUGAUACGUGUUAUAAUAUUUAUUACUAUAGCUAUUUAUUUGUGCCUUAUUAUAUUUGAAAACUUACCUUUGGGUUUACUUUUAUCGGGGAUCAUCAGCCAACUAGUUCAUCUUUGUAUACUCAAAAAUUUUCCUUUCUUCACCUUUACAUCAGUUCCUUUCAUCUCUGGAAUUAUUUUACUAUUUGUUAAUCACUAUUUAGCAUUUACUUUCUUUGCCGAUGGGAUUUAUCCAUUAUCACAGGUCUUAGGAUUUUUCACUCUCUGCCUUUGGAUUGUUCCAUUCGCCUUUUUCAUCUCACUUUCAGCAAAUGACAACAUUUUACCGACUCUUGCCGAAACUCGGCCUCUGGUUUCAGAUGAUUCUGAUGUAGUUUCUCACUAUUUUUCACGGAAAACCAAAAAAUAUGGACUCUAUUCAUUUUUCAACUAUUGUAAAGACAAUUUCCUUGGAUCUCGAGUCAAGAAAUCGUUUUAAAUUAAUCGAUCAAUCUUUUGAUUAUGCUAAUAAAUGAUCUUUUGUGAUGCAACGAAAAACCUAAUAAAUAACAAUUAAAGAAAAAGUUCAAACAAUUGAAA